GAAAAAAUGAACUUUUAGGACAAGAGUUUCAACUUAAUUGGGCGUGGAUAUCUCUGGAGUACGACUCUUACGAAAUCAACGAGACGGAGAAAUACUUGAAUAUCAAACUUUCCAGGAGAGGUUAUUUAGGAGAGACGUCUUUCGUUAGUGUGAAGACGAAAAACGUCACAGCCAAAGAAGGCGAAGAUUUCGGCAAACAUUACGCCAAACAAGUCCAAUUUAGCCCCGGGCAGACGGAGGCUUAUUGGAGACUUCGAAUUCUUAACGACAGUUUAUUUGAAGACAGUGAAGAGUUCGAGAUCUUAUUACAGGAACCUGUGAUGGCGGCCAUAGAAUAUCCUGAUAAGGCUACAGUUACGAUCCUGGAUAAAGAGGACGGUGAGGAAUCGAAUUUAAAAUUUUCUACUAAAAUUUCCUACACAUGUACUCAGUUAUAA